AGGUUGGCUUGUCUUGGGAGCUUCCAGGCAUUGCUCGCCCUGAGGACCAGGUGACCGUUGACAUCAGCCAUGUCGUCGAGGCCUUUUGAAAGUCCACCUCCUUACAGACCUGACGAGUUCAAACCGAAUAAUUAUGCGCCAAGCAACGACAUGUAUGGUGGGGAGAUGCACGUUCGACCCAUGCUCUCCCAGCCGGCGUAUUCUUUUUACCCAGAAGACGAAAUUCUUCACUACUACAAAUGGACCUCCCCUCCAGGAGUGAUUCGGAUUCUGUCUAUGCUCAUCAUCGUGAUGUGCAUUGCCAUCUUUGCCUGUGUGGCCUCCACGCUUGCCUGGGACAGAGGCUACGGAACCGGCUUGCUGGGAGGGGGUCUGGGCUAUCCUUACGGAGGAAGUGGCUUUGGGAGCUAUGGAAGCGGCUACGGCUAUGGUUAUGGCUACGGGUAUGGCUAUGGAACAGGCUAUACGGAUCCAAGGGCGGCCAAGGGCUUCCUGCUGGCCAUGGCCGCCUUUUGUUUCAUUGCCGCAUUGGUGAUCUUUGUUACCAGUGUCAUAAGAUCUGAAAUGUCCAGGACCAGGAGAUAUUAUUUGACUGUGAUCAUCGUGAGUGCCAUCCUGGGCGUCAUGGUGUUCAUUGCCACGAUUGUCUACAUAAUGGGAGUCAACCCAACGGCCCAGGCUUCCGGAUCUAUGUAUGGUUCACAAAUCUAUGCCCUCUGCAACCAGUUCUACACACCUGCUGCUACUGGACUCUACGUGGAUCAGUAUUUAUACCACUACUGUGUGGUGGAUCCUCAGGAGGCCAUAGCCAUUGUACUGGGGUUCAUGGUUAUCGUGGCUUUUGCUUUAAUAAUUUUCUUUGCUGUGAGAACACGAAGAAAGAUGGACCGGUAUGACAAGUCCAAUAUUUUGUGGGACAAGGAACGCAUUUAUGAUGAGCAACCUCCCAAUGUCGAGGAGUGGGUUAAAAAUGUGUCUGCAGGCACACAAGACAUGCCUCCACCGCCAUCUGACUAUGUGGAGAGGGUUGACAGUCCCGUCGCCUACUCCUCCAAUGGCAAAGUGAAUGACAAGCGAUCGUACCCAGAGUCUUCCUAUAAAUCCACCCCGGUGCCAGAAGUGCUUCGAGAGCUUCCAGUGAUGUCCCCUGUGGACGACUUCAGGCAACCUCGCUACAGCGACAGUGGUAACUUUGAGAUGCCGUCCAAGCGGGCGCCUGUGAAGGGAAGAGCUGGAAAGUCCAAGAGAAUGGAGCCAGACCACUACGAAACAGACUACACGACUGGCGGCGAGUCCUGCGACGAGCUGGAGGACGACUGGGUCAGGGAAUAUCCACCUAUCACUUCAGAUCAACAACGGCAACUCUACAAGAGAAAUUUUGACACGGGUCUGCAGGAAUACAAGAGUUUACAAGCAGAACUUGAUGACAUCAAUAAAGAACUGUCCCGUCUAGAUAAAGAACUGGAUGACUAUCGAGAAGACAGUGAAGAGUACAUGGCUGCUGCUGAUGAAUACAAUAGACUGAAGCAAGUAAAGGGAUCUGCAGAUUACAAAAGCAAAAGGAACUACUGCAAGCAGUUAAAGAGCAAAUUGUCACACAUCAAGAAGAUGGUUGGAGACUAUGAUAGGCGGAAAACAUAGAAGACAGAUUUUGCAUUGUUUUGAGAAGUUCAGAAAUAUCUGUCUGAUGUCUCUGCAGUCUUCUCAGAAGGCACAUGACUUUGGACCAUAGCCUGGGAAGCCAAACCUUUGUGAUCAUUACAAAGUGUUGAUAGCUUUACUAUCAUCAGUAUUGAAGUAUUUAUAGAUAGCUUUUGAUAAUCAACUGGACUGAGCACUCCAAGUAAGGAUUUAAGCUUUAAACACUGGUCCUUGUCUUAACGAAAUAGCAAUUGAGGUUUUUAAACCUUAAAGGAAGAUCCUGGUGUGUACUGUGCGGUUAACUUCACACUGAGACAACGAUGUCUUAAUACCUACCUGUGUUCAUGAGCAUAGGUGAUCUCUUAAUUCUUCCAACAGCCCUUCAGGUAACUGUUAUUUAUGAUCAAUUCUUUUCAGAUAA